AGGCGUCUUGCGGCUUAAUUAUUUGAGAUGCGCAAAUAAACAGACCUGUAGAACUCCUUCCGGGAAACAUUUGGCCGAAUCUCACUCACUGUCUGCCUGACACUGACAGGCACACCUCCAGCGCACCAGUGAUUAGAGAUCACUCUGUGUGGACAUGCAGGCUUGAAACAUGUGUCUUCUAAAGAGAAGAGAGAAUGGAUGUACGUCUGCUCAGAAGUGCGCUUUUGUUAGUACGAGCGAAAUAUGUUUGUUGAAGGGUCACGCUGUAUGGAGUGUGUGCGUGAGAAAGAGAUACACGCAAGAGAGAGAGUGAAAGAGAAAGAAAAAAAGGAGGGAGUGUGUGGAAGGGAGGGUAGAGAGACUGAAAGAAAGAAGGAAAGAAAGAAAGAGAAUGGAAGAAAUAGGUUUGUGUGUGUAUGUGUGCGAGAGAGGCAGGCACAGUCAGUUCUGAUAACAGCAACAGUAGGAGGAGGAUGAGCUUGGCUCCGCCCCCUUACCCUCUCGCAGCUAUAAAUAGGAGUUGGUGUUUUUUGCUCCUCUCACUUCUCUUGAAGGAUGAGGUCCCUGAAACAUCUCAAACAUCACACCAGAAGUAAUGUGGAAGAGCAGGAAGUUCCUCUGGUCCGUUGCUAUUCUAAAGUGAUGGAGCAUGCGGUAGAUGUUAGCACUCAAACUGACCCGGUGGUGGUCCUGUCCUUGGCCCAGGCUGCUGUGCUGGGCCUCAUAUCGCAGAAUGAAAUCUUUGGCGCCACAAUUGCCCCUAACGGUUUCUUCACAGGAGAAGGACGUGAAGGUGCUGCUCCCCAUGGAGAAUCCAUGGAGUAUGAAUAUGCAGAUCAGCUAAUUGGAGCUAAUGGAGAUUAUCUAUCUGAGCCUCAUGGGGAGAACCGGAAACCUGAAGGGGUCUAUGGGGAAGAGCGCAGACGACCGGGUCCCCGAGGGAGGACCAAGAGGCCCUUGACUGAAGGAGAACCAGAGGAGUCUUCAGAGAGGUCUCUGGAGGCACAGAGUCACGUGAAAGGGGAGAGGCCUGACUUCUCUAUCCCCUGUUAUCUCUCAAAUCCCCAGCAAACUGACAACGAGCCAGAAGUGUUGGAUCUUGCACCUCAGAGACAGCCAAAGAAAGAAGAGCAGUGCAACAAAGGGUACCCUGAACCCUCAAGAGAGCCAUGCAGCCAACAGGUUGACUCUGACACUAAAGUAUCUCAAACCCAUCAAAUUCAAGUGGGGCAUGGAAAGGUGCUGGUGGAAUCAUCUGAGGAACUGCGGGGAAAAGAGGAGGAACGAGAAGAAGAGGAUGAGGAAGUGGAGGAGAGAGCACUGAACCUGAAAACCACAGACGAGGAUGUGAACCCAGCUAUAAGGCGGUACUAUGAAUCCAGCAUGACAGCAUAUGAAGCUGCUGAGAUUGGUCUGCCGGGAGAUUAUGAAGAGGGUGGCCAGCCCAUGGUUUGGGCUGAGAGUGAAAACUCCCUCGGUAGACGGAUGCAGAUCGACCGGCUAGAUAUCAACGUGCAAAUUGACGAAUCGUACUGUGUGGAUGUGGGUGAAGGUUUGAAGAGAUGGAAGUGUCGCAUGUGUGAGAAGUCCUACACUUCAAAGUACAACUUGGUUACGCACAUUCUAGGUCACAAUGGCAUUAAACCACAUGAGUGUAUGCACUGUGGGAAACUCUUCAAGCAGCCCAGCCACCUUCAGACACAUUUGCUUACUCACCAGGGCACACGGCCACACAAGUGCACUGUCUGCAAGAAGGCCUUUACCCAGACUAGUCACCUUAAACGCCAUAUGUUGCAGCAUAGCGACAUCAAGCCUUACAGUUGCCGUUUCUGUGGCCGAGGCUUUGCCUAUCCUAGUGAGCUGCGCACCCACGAAACCAAGCACGAGAGUGGACACUGUCAUGUCUGCACACAGUGUGGAAUGGAGUUCCCCACACAUGCUCACCUCAAGCGCCACCAGGUCAGCCACCAGGGCCCAACAACCUUUCAGUGCACUGAAUGUCAUAAGUCCUUUGCCUACCGUAGCCAGCUUCAGAACCAUCUGAUGAAGCACCAGAAUGUGCGGCCCUAUGUCUGCUCAGAGUGCGGCAUGGAGUUUGUGCAGAUCCACCACCUGAAGCAGCACAUGCUUACACACAAGGUACUGACACAGCAGGCCCCCGAACACAAGGGUAUGAAGGAAUACAAAUGUGACGUCUGUUCUCGUGAGUUCACCCUCUCUGCCAACCUGAAGCGACACAUGCUGAUUCACACCAGUGUGCGCCCUUUCCAGUGCCAUGUCUGCUUCAAGACCUUUGUUCAGAAACAGACACUUAAAACGCACAUGAUUGUCCACUUGCCUGUGAAACCUUUUAAGUGCAAGGUGUGUGGGAAGUCCUUCAACAGAAUGUAUAACCUGCUGGGUCACAUGCACCUUCAUGCCGGUAGCAAACCCUUCAAGUGCCCUUACUGCACCAGCAAGUUCAAUUUGAAGGGUAACUUGAGUCGACACAUGAAGGUGAAACAUGGAAUCCUGGACACCUCAAAUGAAGGACAAGACACCCAGCCUGAUGCGGAGAGUCAGGAAGAUUACGAGGAAGAGAGCUUUGAUUACAGCGAGAGGGAAAAUCUAGCGAGCAACAACGCACAAGAUAUGGCCAAACUAGCCAAAAUUAGCUACUACAACUACACCAAGGUUCCUGCUCGCUACAACACAUCGUAAGCAGCUGACUGAGACACUAUGUGGUUUAAGGCUGGGGAAAAGGACUAACGGUCAUUUAUGUAGUACUCUUGGCUCUGAAGUGAGCCACUGAGGAUAUAGCCAUCAUGAAGUGGAUGUGCACUGGAAGCCAUUUUGGCUCUGAGAAACAAAAGUGACAGCGGAUUCAUUUUAACAAUGUCAUUUUACAUAAGGGAUCAUCUUGAAGUAUUUUUUCUGUUUUUAAAGCCCAUGUUCCUUUAUUUGGACCAUCUUAAAAUGCAGUUCUUAAUAUAUCCUUCCUGAGCCCAAUUUAAUGGUGGAGUGAAAUGAUAUGUACAGAAAUAAGAUGACACUUGUUAUAUACAGACAAUCUACAGCUCUAAAUCGAGAUUGAUCUUGUUGGUGGCCAGCAAGUUAGAUAACACUUUAUAGGACUUAACCAAAGCUGACAAAAGUGCAAAUAGUGCUCAUUGCAAUAACUUCCCCAGAAUUUUUUUUUUUUCAUUAUAACUGACUUUUUGACAAGAUUCUCCUCCAACAUUUCAGAGUUUGUGUGAAUUUUUUAGUGCCUUUUUUGUUUUAUAUCCGUGUUUCUCAACCACAUUCCUGGAGGACCACCAAAACUGCUUGUUUUGGAUGUCUCCUUUGUCUGUUACCCCCAUUUCAGGUCUUUCAGUCUCUGCUAAUGCAGGGUAUAUAGAGGAAUGAGAGAUUGAAAUUCAAUACCUUUUAAGAGAUUUUUUAAAAGACUUUUUGCAUACAUUUUAAGACCUCAUCACAACUUCAGGUAUUAAUUAGUAGCAUUGCUGACAUUUUAACUUGCACUAUAUUUAAUAAAUACUGCUUGCAAGAAA